UAUUAUGUCGUAGUAUUGCUAGGGAGAGGAAGCGCGUCCCGGCCCGCCUGCUCCACACGUUCGGGGGGAAGCCGCCCGGAGCGGACACACCGGAACUGCAUUGGCAGCGGCCUGGCCGCUUCCUGCGGCCCGGAGGGUGCCCGGCGGGCCGGUGCGGGUGUCUCACCGGAGGGGCCGCGCUCCCGGCGCUUCCCUGGACACGGAGUUGCCUGGACACGGCCGCCGCUCCCUCAGGCUCCCUGCGGGCGAGCCCGCCCUCGCUCUCCCUCAGCUGUCCCUCACGGGCACGCCGCGCUGUGAUUGGCCGGCGCCGUGAGGGGGGGCGGCUUCCCGCGCUCGUUCCUCCCGCUCAUUGGCCGGCUGGGCGGCGCGUGCCGGUUGCGCGCGGCGGUGCGGAGCUCCCGUGCCGUCCCGUUCCGUCCCGUCCGGUCCCAGCCCGGAGCGGCAUUCCCGGCCGGAUGGCAUCCAACUAUAGAAAACCUGGCUUAGGUACAGCCCAGAGGAAGAAAAGUGGCUUGAAACCUGAACUUACAGAAGAGCAAAAGCAGGAGAUCAGAGAAGCUUUUGAUUUGUUUGACACUGACGGAUCUGGAAGCAUCGACAUAAAAGAACUGAAGGUUGCAAUGCGUGCCUUAGGCUUUGAGCCAAAGAAGGAAGAGAUUAAGAAGAUGAUAGCAGACAUUGACAAGGAAGGGAGUGGCACCAUCAACUUUGAAGACUUUUUGGCUAUGAUGACACAAAAAAUGAGUGAAAAGGAUUCAAAAGAAGAAAUCCUGAAAGCUUUCAGAUUAUUUGAUGAUGAUGGCACAGGAAAAAUUUCAUUCAAAAACUUGAAAAGGGUUGCCAAGGAGCUGGGAGAAAAUUUAACAGAUGAAGAACUUCAGGAAAUGAUUGAUGAAGCUGAUCGAGAUGGAGAUGGGGAAGUCAGCGAGCAAGAAUUUUUGAGAAUCAUGAAGAAAACUAGCUUAUACUAAUAUCUGUUGCCUUGCUAUACUGCUGGUCCAAAAGAUAACCUGGAAAAGGUUUAAAAACUGGGCUUGUGCCUCCUGCAUGUUUUCUGCCAUGUGAACGAAGUCUUAAAGGGCAGAUUUUUUGGUUUAUUUCUCUUUUUCAACAAAGAUAAUUGAGGAAGGAGGGCUGCAGUACCCAAGACUGCCAAAAUGACAUACUGCAGAAGUCAAGGAAGAUACUGCAAGGCAGGGUCCCUUCCCCUCUACCAUAAUAACUUCCCUGAUUGCCAUUUUGGAUAAAAACCACUGUGUUUUACUAUUUAACUAAAAAAUACUUCACUUCAGAUGUGAAGAUGCCCACUGCUGUUGGGAAAGGCUACUUUGCCUUUCCUAAGGCUACUGAUUGAAGGGACAAGCACAGUAUUUUUUAUUCCUUUGAAGGUUUUUUAGGUUAUCUUUUGGUAUUUGUCUCCUGUUGUUUAUUUCCAUAAAAGACUCUAAAAUUAAUUGUAUAUUUGUCUGUAUUUCUGUAUGAAACACUGUUUUCCUAUGGCAAGUUGUUUUUGGAUUUAAUGGAAAGAAAAUGUAGAUUUGGUUCUUCCUUUGGAGCUGUGUGCCAUCCAUAGAUGUUGUUGUGUUUAUCUGAUCACCUGAAACCAGAAUGAAACUUGAAUGUAACCUGCUUGGGUGACCAAAGUUUAUUGUUUAUAACCAGGCAACACAUUGUGCCAUUGUUCUUACUCCCCAGACAUCACAGAGCUGCUGUUACUCCAGGAUUUCAGGUACCUAAAAAGUUCAGUUCCAUGGUGCAGUAGAGUAAAUUUUGUCUUGCUGACAGUUACACUGCAGAGAGGAUUUGCAUCUCAAGUGAAAAAGUCGCUCACCAUGGACAGACAUCUGUGGAGCUCUGAAUAGAUUUAAAUCCAUGCAAUCCAAAUCCAUUUCGCACAUCACAGGUUUUGGGAUGUUUCUCUUAGGAGUACCUUCAUUUUCUUCAGUAUUUCUUUCAUAUACUGUCAAUCCAGGACUUAUUGGAGAGCCACAUUUCCCUCUGAAUUCUAGAGCAGUGACACACAGCCUGCUAUCUGAUUAUGUUGCUCUGCAGGAGGGUUUAUCCUUUGUAGACAAUCAGCUUCAAAACUUUCAAAUCCUGUAAAGCUCCAGAGGCCUGAGAAGUCCCCCUGUUAACAUGGUGGCUGUAGAUGUAAUCUGUAGUACUGCAAGUGUUUUAAAAUGUCUUACCUUUGUAUAAGUGUGAAAUAAAACUGUUUUGCAAGUUAA